AAUGCACGUUUUUGUAUCCAACAAAGGGUUUCAGUGCAAUAAGAAUUAAGGUGUGUCUCUUAGCUUUUACCUGCAAGCAAUAAUGAUGUUGUCAAGCGUUUCAGGUGAGACCAGCCCAGGAUUUUGGGGUGGGGAAAGACACUCUGUUAUACAGCAUCUUCAGUUCUUCCCUCAGAGGGAGGCAGAGACACCUUGAAGGGCAGAGUAUAAGGACAUACACGGAGCGUCUUUUUAAAUAGUCACCAGAGCUGGGGGGGGGGAGGGGAACAGGAACAGACUUGUAACCAUAACUCACUUGGACUUGUUUCUGAGAAGUCAGAUGCCAUGGAUUGGCUCCCUCACCGAACGGCUGCUUUUCUGCUCCUUUUGUUGGUACUCUUGGAUUUCAGCACAGGAUUUCAUGUAGAGGUAAAAGAAUGGGAUGAAAAUGGAAUGGCAAGAUGGAAAACCUUUAGAAGACAAAAACGUGAAUGGAUCAAAUUUGCUGCAGCUUGCAGAGAAGGAGAAGAUAAUUCCAAGAGAAAUCCAAUUGCCAGAAUCCGAUCUGAUUGUGAAGAAGACAAUCCAAUCACAUACAGCAUCUCUGGAGUUGGAAUUGAUCGUGCGCCCUAUGGAAUAUUUGUUGUUAACCCAAGAACAGGAGAAAUUAAUAUAACAUCAAUAGUGGAUAGGGAAGUAACACCGGUAUUUGUUAUACGUUGCUUUGCUAAACACUCAGUGACCGGCAUAGAUUUGGAACCGCCUCUUGAACUUCGAGUCAGAGUCCUGGAUAUAAAUGAUAACCCUCCUGUAUUUGCACAAACUGUAUUUACAGGAUCUGUUGAAGAGAGCAGCAUGGACAAUACACUGGUGAUGAAAAUCAUUGCAACAGAUGCAGAUGAACCUAACCAUUUGAAUUCUAAAAUUGCCUUCAAAAUAGAAAGUCAGGAACCUUCUGGUCCACCCAUGUUCAUUAUGAAUAAAUACACAGGAGAACUCCAUCUUGCAAAUUAUCUGGACAGAGAGCAACAUAGUAGUUACACUCUGGUUGUGAAGGCAUCAGACCGGGAUGGGGCUGCAGAUGGAAUAUCAUCCCUUUGUAGCUGUAAUGUGAAAGUUAUCGAUGUUAAUGACAACUUUCCAACUCUUGCUCAAAGUUCUUUUUCAGCAAGUAUUUCAGAAAAUUCCCUCAGUUCAGAACUCCUACGAAUACAAGCUCUGGAUGCUGAUGAAGAGUUUACAGACAACUGGUUAGCAGAGUUUUUCUUUAUAUCCGGUAAUGAAGAUAACUGUUUUGAAAUUGUUACAGAUCGAGCUACAAAUCAAGGAAUUCUUAGAGUAAUUAAGGAACUGGAUUUUGAACAUAUGCGAACUCACUCACUGAUGAUUGGCGUCAGGAAUGUAGCUGCCUUCCACCACUCUGUUGCACAUGAGUACCAAAUAUUUGGAACUCCCCUCACAGUAGAAGUAAAAAAUUUGAUUGAACCACCAAGAUUUCAUCCAUCUUCAGUUGUGUUUUCCCUGGCAGAAGGUGCAAGAGUGAAUUAUGUUGUAGGAACAUACACAGCCAUGGAUGAGGACACUAGAACUAUUGCAUCAAAUGUUGUAUAUAGUAUAGGACGUGAUCCAGCUGCCUGGUUCAGAAUCAAUCAAAACACUGGUGAAAUCACACUGAACAAAGUUAUUAGUCGGGAUUCAGUCUACGUAGUCAAUGGGCAGUACCAAGCAGAGGUUCUGGCUAUCACCAGAGGGGUUCCUCGAUAUACUGCUACUGGCACCAUUGUACUUUCAAUAGAUGGCAUCAAUGCCAAUUGCCCAAGUAUUAAUACUGAAAUGAGGAAAGUAUGUAUGCAUUCCCCCUCAGUAAUUAUCUCAGCAAGGCCUAGGGAUGGCGAUCUCUAUGCUACCCCCUUUACAUUCAGCAUACAUGGUGAACCUCAGACUACAUGGAUUAUCAGACGAAUAAAUGAUUCCUCUGCGGAACUAGUGGGCCAGAACAUAGACUUUUACCUUUAUAGGAUCUAUGUCGUUGUAAGAGAUAGCCAAGGCCGGCGCUGUGCUAGACCACACAUAAUUCCUGUGCAAGCCUGCCAGUGUGAUAGUCGGAAUUACUGCACGAGUGGGGCCACAAGAAUAAUUAUCAUUGGUGGUGGUGGUUCUGGUGGUGGCACUGGUGGUGGCACUGGUGGUGGCACUACUGGUGGUGGCGGUGGCGGUACUGGCACUGGUGGAGGCCGGGAAGAGGGAGGACAAGGUGGUAUUGAUUAUGGAGGAGGAGAUUUUGAGGACCACACAGACGGGCAGGGCUAUACUGAUGGCUACGAAGGAGGUGAUGAAGGAUAUACUGCCUCGACUGAUGACAGUUAUGGAAAUGAAAAUUAUGGCAGACAAUUCGAAUCAAAUACCACACUCAGUGGUGCUGCCAUUGGCCUGAUGUUUCUCGGUGGAUUGAUAUUUGUUUUGAUUCCAAUUUUGAUGUCAAUGAGUGACUGUUGUGGCUGUGGACCUGGCGCUGCAGGAGGAGUUGGAACUGGAUUUGAACCUGUACCUGAAUGCACAGAAGGGGCAAUUCAUCCAUGGGGAAUAGAAGGUGCACAGCCUGAAGACAGGGAUGUCUCACACAUUCUUGCCCCAACAACUGCUGCAGGAGGUGAUUUUGGCGAACCUUCUGAUAUAUACAAUAACACAUAUGGAGGAGGAGGAGUAGUAGCUUCUGGUGUUGAAGAAACUACAGGUGUUGGCUAUGGCACUGGUACUGGCUAUGGAACAGCUGGAGGAAUUUCUGGAACAGGGGAAGCAAAAGGGUCAAUUGGAGGAACAAUAAAAGAGUAUCGAGAAGGAGGAGUGAACAUGGCCUUCCUAGACAACUAUUUCUCUGAGAAAGCAUUUGUGUAUGCAGAUGAAGAUGAAGGUCGGCCAGCAAAUGACUGCCUAUUAAUUUAUGAUCAUGAAGGAGUCGGUACUCCUGUUGGCUCUGUGGGUUGCUGCAGCUUUAUUGGAGAAGACACAGAUGAAACAUAUUUGGAUACACUAGGACCAAAAUUUAAGACCCUAGCAGAGAUCUGUCUUGGCAAAGAGAUUGAACCUUUCCCUGAUGCCAACCCACCCUGGCCAGGUGUUGUCAACAUUCCCUUCCCCAGCCCUGAAAGUGAUCUAAACCUCCCGCCACCUGGCACCACCAUCGUUGUCAAUGGAAGUGCACCCAUGCCUCCCCCAGCUGGCACGACCACGAUUGUUACUGAAAACACCUACACAUCUGGGACAACCAUACAGCCCCCGAGGCCAAUGCCAGAUCCCUUGCUCCACGGCAACAUGACGGUGACCGAGACCUACACCUCCGGCUCCCCCUCUCUUUGUGUUGACCCUCUGCGUGCAUCCAACGUCGUCGUGACAGAGAGAGUUGUAGGGCCUGCAUCUGCCUCUGAAUUGCGUGGCAUGCUAGAUAUUCCUGAUCUCACAGAGGGCUCCAACGUUAUCGUCACGGAAAGAGUAAUCGCACCUAACUCCCGACUGCCAGCGUCUCUGAGCAUUCCUGAUUUGGUAGAUGGGUCCAAUGUGGUAGUGACAGAAAGGGUGUUCAGGCCUGCUUCCGGCAUGCCGGGCAGCCUAAUAAAUAUUCCCUCAGAGUUAUCCAAUGCCCACAACGUGGUGGUCACAGAGAGAGUAGUGUCAGGGUCUGGGAUGAGCAGCCUGGGAGGAGCAAGCCUGGGAGGAGCAAAUCUGGGGGGCCUGAGCAGCACGGGUCAGAUGCUCAGUGCUGAUCUUGGCCAGGGAAUGGGCACGGCAUCUCCAGGCACCUCCCGGAGACGAGUGACAAAGUACAGCACCGUGCAGUACUCCAGUCAGUAG